CCAACAGUCACGGACACCACUGGUGAGAAGGACACUGAAGACCCACCACCCGGGCCAGGGGCUCCGGGAAGGGACAUGUGAGUCCCCGAGCCCCUCCCCGCCACCAAGAUGUCCUCGUCCCCUGCCAACGCCUCAUCGCCCCCCAAUGCCACAUCCACCCCCGUCCCCGGGGCGGCAGUGGGGAUGACCCUGCUGGCGGUGGCGGUGGUGGUGGGGCUGCCAGGCAACGCCAUGGUCGUCUGGAGCUGCGCUGUUGCCCGCCGGCGCAGUGUCCCCGUCCUCCUCAUCUUCCACUUGGCCUUGGCCGACGUGGUGACCCUCCUCACCGGUCCCAUCUACCUCCGGGCCUUGAGUGUCGGCCAAUGGAACAUGGGCUUGACCAUCUGCCGCGGGUGUCACUACAUCUGCGCCGCCGCCAUGUAUGUCAGUGUCUUCCUCAUCGCUCUUCUGGGUCUCCAUCGGUGCUUGGCGGUCUCCAAGCCAGCGACAGCAGUGGUGACAGCUGGUGGUCGCGCCGGACAGUUGGCUCACGGAGCGGCGGCGGUGACUUGGGUGGUGGCUUUGGUGCUGGCCAUCCCAUCCAUCGUCUUCCGACAGGUGGAGAACGGGCACUGCCAGCGGGUCCACAGCACAAAGGCUUGGUUGGUGGUCCACAACCUUCUGGAGACCAUCUUGGGUUGGGCUCUACCAUUGACCGCCGUGGCUGCCGGCUACGGGUUACUGGUCCGCCGGUUACGCCAGACCCGCUUGGCCCGGCGCGGUCGUACUUUCCGGCUGGUGGCCGCCGUGGUGGUGGCCUUCGCCGUUGCGUGGGGACCUUACCACCUGGCCAGCUUGUUGGAGGUGGCGGUGGUCCUACGAGGCGGUGGCAGGACCUUGGAGGCAGCCGCCAAGGCCAUUCGGCCACCGGCCACCGCCUUGGCCUUCCUCAGCAGUGCCAUGAACCCCCUCCUCUACGCCUGCGCCGGGCGGGGGCUGCACCGCGGCACUGGGGGGUCUCGCCUGCCCCGGCUCCUGGAGGUCUCGGCCAUCGUUGGCAGCUCCCGAGGGACCACGACCCCAUAG